ACCAGCAGCUCCGAGGCCCAACAAGCACAUCCUGGGAAGGAAAAUGCGCUGUGGACCCCUAUGCCUGUUCCUAUGGCUUUGGCUCUGUCUAUCCUACAUUCAAGCUGUGCCCAUCCAAAAAGUCCACGAUGACACCAAGAUCCUCAUCAAGACCAUUGUCUCCAGGAUCAAUGAAAUUUCACACAUGCAAUCAGUGUCCUCCAAACACAAAGUCACUGGUUUGGACUUCAUUCCCUUCUACCCAGACCUGAGUUUCUCCAAGAUGGACCAGACACUGGCAGUCUAUCAACAGAUCAUCAUCAAUUUGUCUUCCCGAAGAACUAUGGUGCAAAUUUCUAAUGACCUGGAUAAUCUCCGGAAUCUUGUCCACAUGCUAGCCUCCUUUAGGGGCUGCCCUGUGCCCCAAACCAGGGGCCCAGACCUCCUGGAAAACCUGGGUGGUGCCUUCAAAGAAUCAAUCUACUCCACAGAGGUGGUGGCUCUCAGCAGGCUGCAGAGGUUUCUGCAGGAAAUGUUGCUGCAGCUGGACCACAGCACCAUGUGCUGAGGCCUUCAGGCUGCUCUUUCCCGGAGGUCCAUGUUGAGGGAAGAAACCUUGGCUUCCAGGUGUCUCUGGGAGAAGAAAGCCUUCGUUGGACAUCCCUUAUCCAGAACCUUGUCCAUUUCUCUCUUCUAAGCCACUCUUCCUAAGGCAUAAGACCACAUUGCUUGUUACCAAAGAUAUAUGUGCAUGAUUCCAUGCUCACCAGGAAGGGGGUCCAUCCAGCAAAGAGUAUACUGUAUGGGUGAUUCUCACUAAAGUCUUUAGCCAUCAACAGGUGUUGCCUGUCUCCUUUUGGUUCCACCUCCUUCUCUAUGUGUGCUUCAGGGUAACCAGGGGUGAUUUCAGAAACUGGGCAGAGAGAGCCUUUGGACCUUCUCAGAGCAAGGUUCCACCUGAAAUUCUGGGGAGCACUGAGAAGGCUGCAUUCACUUUCAGCUGGAAACUCCCAAGCAACACAAAUUGGAAGCACUUGUUUAUACGUUACGCAUUUCAUUCUAGAUGGAUUUGAAGCAAAAUGCUGUGCCAGCUUUUCCAGGCUUUGGGGUCAGCCAGGACUGGGGAUGCCCCUGGGAUGUUGGUUCUAGUCCCAUUAACAGGCCUGGCUAAGGCACCCUACUUUGAGUGACUGGAGGAUUGAUAUUGUCUGAGCAAGAGCCAAUUGAGGAGGUAGCUCUCAAGCCAUUUCUCUAGUGACUGGUUAUGUUUUACUGUGACUCUCUUUAAAGUGCACUUUUCACAAUGGCAUUUCCCUGAGUGAAUCCCCAAGGGCUAGUUUAUUUUAAGAAGAAGGUGAAUUUCAUCAAGUAAUAUGCACCUGAGUGUACAGAGGGUGGGUAUAUGUUGGUGCGAGGGAAACAGAUCCAGAGCAUACUUUCUGAAUAACAUUUGUGUAGUAGGCUUUUUGGAAGGGAUGAAGUCCUUUUUCCUCUUCUGCAGCCACUAAGGUGGUUUCCAUGAAGAGAAUAAAGGAGACGUCUCUCUCAGGGGGUUGUGAGGUUUACAUGGUGUCUAUGGAGGGAAGGCACUAAAGCUGAAGGUCCUUUGGUGGUGUGGUACUAAGAUCAGGGAGUGAGGAUCCCACACUGGAGACAGUGAUCCCCCAGACAGGGGUCCUUGGUGUGGCUCUCCAAGUGGCUCAGAGUUGAUCCCACGCUGGGUUUAUAGCAUGCUGACCUCCCUCUUUUGGAUUUGCCUGCAAAAUGUUUUUCUUGUCUGACUGGCUCAUCCAAAAAAGGGGGCUAUAUUUCCCACCCAUUCUGUGGCUAGUUUUAUUCCAGUGGGAAAGUGAAAUCCUUUAGCAGAUGGUCCUGAGCCCUGGGACUGCUGGGUGAGUGUCAGGGCCCUGGGCCAAGCUGCCAGUUUGCCCUUCUGGCUAGAGGUCACAUUCAGGAGGCUGAAGGAGGAGGCCUGGGUUUUGCUGCCAUCCUGCCUCUGUGAUGUCGCCAUCACACUGUGGGUGGUAGAUCUGUCCAAGGAAACUUGAAUCAAAGCAACAAUACACUUUAAGACUGAGCACUUGUGCUCAGCCCUGACUGGUGCUGUGGGCUAAAGAAGCUCACCAAAUAAACAUGAGAAUCAGGGACUUGCAUCCCCAUGGCAAAGCCCCACUCACCAGUGUGCCGUGGC